GGUCCGCCUAUUAAAAUGGAGUCAGUAUGGGCAGUUGUAUUAUCUCUUGUUUAUUCUUUAGUGGCUCACUUCAUCUGCUAUCAAGCGAUAAAGAACUUUAAAGAUAUGUUUAUAAAGGCAGGGAUGUUUGGCAAAGACCUCAACAAGACAAGUGAAGAGAAAAUUCCUGAAGGUCUUGGUGUAGUUUCUGGUGCCAUGUUCCUCAUUAGCUGCUUCCUUUUCAUUCCGAUUCCUUUCCUUGACUAUUCCGAGCUGCAGUUCACCCAGUUCAUCUGUGCCCUCCUCUCAAUCUGUUGUAUGAUAUUCCUUGGAUUUGCUGAUGACGUUCUUGAUCUAAGAUGGCGUCACAAGCUCUUCCUACCCACCAUUGCCUCUCUCCCUCUCCUAGCAGUUUAUUUUGUCAGCGGAGGCUCUACGACCAUCAUAGUUCCGAUACCUCUUAGGCCCCUACUGGGAUACGACCUUCAUUUAGGUGUCCUAGUAUACAUAUACAUGGGUAUGCUAGCUGUGUUCUGUACUAACGCGAUUAACAUACUGGCUGGUGUCAAUGGAGUCGAAACAGGUCAAUCUGUCAUCAUUGGGACCUCCAUAGCUGUAUUCAACGUCAUUGAAAUAGCCAGAGAUCAGUUUGCUGCUAAGCAUCUCUUUUCUUUGUAUCUCAUAUUACCAUUCAUUGCUGUAUCUCUUGCUUUACUCAGACAUAACUGGUAUCCUUCAAAAGUUUUUGUCGGCGAUACUUUGUGUUAUUUUGCUGGCAUGACUUUUGCUGUGGUAGCCAUUUUGGGAUCUUUUAGCAAAACAAUGCUUUUGUUUUUUAUACCCCAGGUUUUCAAUUUCCUUUAUUCUGUUCCCCAGCUGUUUGGUAUAAUACCCUGUCCAAGACACCGACUGCCAAAGUUUGAUAGAGCUACUGGACUCUUAGGAAUGAGCUAUGCUAAGUUCUCUCCCGACCAGAUGGGUCCUGGUGGAGCCGCUCUUUUAAAAACCCUCUCCUUCUUACGAUUAGCCAAAGUCGAGUGGUCCCCGCCCUCAGGGAAAGAAAAGAAGGCGGAGAUUAGCGUCAAUAAUUUGACUAUUAUUAAUUAUUUGCUUAAAUUUAUUGGCCCCACCCACGAGAGGACCCUCACCAUAUACAUAAUGACAGUACAGGUGGUAGGUACUAUUAUUGCUUUUAGUAUAAGAUACGGGUUUGUGAGGUUUUUCUAUGACGUGGUACAAUAACAGUGAUUGUUUUUUCUCUUCUUAUAAAAUGAUACACUUGCAUUUAAUCCUGUAAAA